AUGGCGCAGCGAAAUGUCGACAUCUUUCAGAAUCUACCCGCGGUAGAAGAGGAUAGCGGGUACACAAGUAGUGAUGCUAGUGCCACAAUACCAUCCUUGAUGUCGAAUAGUGGCAGCGAAGCGGAAGAGACGCCGAGACCGAACGAUCAGCACGUCCGGUGGGAUCAGCAAAGGGAAUCUGAGGUGAACAAUAGACGCUUCAGGCUCAAUAGAAUCAGUAUGGCUAGACAGCUCGAACGCUUUAGACUUCCUAGACAGGUACCUAACUUUACUUGGACUUCAAGAACGGAGGCAGGCAUUAACACUACGACCGAACCCAAGGAGCCCAAGAUCGAACCUAAGGAGCAACCGAAAAAGAAGAAGGCAUCAGAAGUACAAGAACGAAAUGAGCAGGACCAGAAGGGCCAAAUGGCCAAGCCGAGGGUUCAGCCAGACGAUCAGUUAAGUAGAAACGAUUGUGAAGAAUAG